AUGUUCAUUCCAGAAUCACCAGGCUCCUGGAAUAUCACUGGCUCUCCUUGUGAUCCCAGUGUGCCUCCCAUUGAGAUACAAAAGAGUGUCACCAAAUGUUUUGGGCCACACAAUUCCAGCUCCAAUGUUUUUUUGUUCAAGUUGGCUAGCAAGGUUGACAAAAAUACCUUGCAUGGAAACACUCCCAUCUUGAAACUUGCCAAUGUUGGCAACAAGGUCAAGAUCUGUGCCUUCACAGCCUGGCAUAACUUCUAUGCCAAGGAUCACAACCUUCUCAUCACCAGCAAGGAGUUGCUGAAAGGUUUCUAUUCAGCACUCCCCAAUGAUCUGGUUGGCAAUUGCAGUUUCACAGUUACUAUGGAGAACCCAACCAAAGCUGCCCAAGCCUCCAGGGCGGCCAAGGGAACUGCCAAUGUCACCAUAGACGUCCCACCAAUUAAGGUCUAUAAGGACAACUUCAUCUGGAUCAAAGUCAUUCAAAAGCAACCACCUCCUAAAGCCAGCACUACUCCAAUCUUAACCACACCAAUGGGUUCAGUCAAACAAUGUGCGGCCAUGAAAGCAUACCUUCCAUGGUGUGAUAUUGACAAAUCAAAAAUUGAACAUGACGUCAAGAUCUUAUUAAGCCGCGGGAUCCAGAGCUUCUGUUGCUUCUUAUAUCCUGAGGUAUUAGAUGCAAAGACAAUUGCAUCAUGGGGAAUUGUUUGGGACACAGCCAUCAAAUUAAUUGUCCAAGCUUGCAAAUACUAUGUGUACCAAGUAGCCCUCAAACAAAAAAUUUGA